GGUAAGAGAAAACGCUAACAUUAGAUUGACAGCUUACUAAAUAUUGCUAGCUAUGUCAAACGCUUUUGGUUUUAAAUCAUAAUAUAUUUUCUCCACACAACAGUGCUUUUCCUCACUUAGAUUUUAUAGAAUUUGUGUAAUUUUGUAUAUCUGGUAUACAUAGAUAGCUUUAAUAGCUAUCUAUGUAGCAAGCAAAUUGUUAGCUAACCAACUCAGGUAACCUAUUUGUCGUUAGGUAGCUAUCUAACUAAUAACUUAUUGAAGUCUUUUUAUUACAUUUUGAACUCGUAGACUAUUUGUGACUUAAAAUCUUCCAACUAAACAAUGUCAGUGUUUGAUGAGGAUGAUGUGUUGCACGGAGAAUCUGAGGGAGAAGGGCAGAAGGAAGGUCAAGAAGAGGAUGCAACAUGUGAAGAGAAGCAGAUUGAGCCCUGCUCUUUGACACAAGACAUGAUAGUGCCCGGUCUGUCAUUAUUGUGCCGCACAGGAAAUGGACUUGCCCAUGCCUUUGUCAAGCUUGACAUAAAAGACAGACAUCUGACAGACAUUGUCUUACUAAGAUCUUUCAUCCAUCUGCGCUUCUUGGACAUCUCCUCCAACUACCUAUCAGACCUUUCUCCACUGGCUGCCUUAACUCAGCUACUUUGGCUAAAGGGAGAUGGCAAUCGCAUUGAAGGGUUCCAAGGCCAGCCACUAGGUCAGCUCACUUACCUGCAGUGGCUCAGUCUGGCAGUCAAUCAUCUCUGUGAUGUGGAGGGUCUAGGGGGGCCUUCCCUGGAAAGUCUUAAUCUCAUUGGUAAUGGAAUUCAAAGGAUGGCUGGCCUUGAAUGUCAGAGUCUGACCAAUUUGGUGACCCUGGAGCUCAGAGGAAACCGCUUAGAAACUACAGAUGGCAUUUACCUUCCCAACUUGCGUUGUCUUUACCUUGCCCAGAAUAGAAUAACAAAAUUAGAAGGUCUGGAGAAAUUGGAGCGGCUAACAACCCUUCACCUCCGAGACAACCAGCUGGAGACACUUGAUGGAAUCAACCUGAGUAUGAACUCUCUACAGUAUCUCAAUGUGAGGGGCAACUUAGUAUUUUCCCUGCAGGCUUUGCAAAGUCUGAUGGCUGUUGCCCAGACGUUGCGGACCUUGGUGUUGGUAGAGAACCCUCUGUCAGAGACAGAUGAUUACCGACUCUGUGUGCUCACAUAUCUUCCACUUCUUGAAAGACUAGACAAGGAGCCUGUCUCACCGGGAGAGAGGUCUGAAGCUCAGGAAAGAAUGAAGGAAUUUCAAGACUCCAGAGAACAAGAGGACCAACAUACAUGAUUAUGGGAACAAAUCUACAUUAAUUUGUCUGUAGUCCUUUUAUAGUCAUUAUUUCUUUUGGAUAUGUGGUUGAGCUUUAAUUAGUUAAUUUAAGCAAGGCUAUUUGUAAAUUAGACUAAAGUGAUUUAGUGUUACUAGAAUAGUGUCUUGUUGCAAAAAAAAAAAAAAAAAAAAUUUUAAAGAUAUAUAUAUUCAAUUCUGUAAUUGCCCACUUCAUGACUUUCAAUUAAUCUAUUUGUUGUAUGCUAUUCUUUAUAGUAGGCAAACUUCCUCAGUAUUAUUCUCCUGUCAAAUUAUA